UAGUGCAUUGCCAGUCAUGGUGGAUAGGACACUUUGUACAUGGAGGUUUUCGACUGUACGGGCAAAAUAAUUACCCCGAAUAGGAGUUAAGGAUUGCACGUAUUAUUGCUGACAUCUGUUCGGCGCCUUUUAUUUCCUUGCCUGGUUUGAUCUUCAUUACACUUGUUUUAAGUGUUUUCGGGCAGUAAGAAACCUGGUGUUUAUCGCACAGAUGUGGAUCUAGUAGCUGCUCCGGAAUUCAUCACAAGCCCACCAUCAUUAUCAUCAUAUUAUUUUUCCGGAGGGGUUGGAUAUCAGAACAGACACCUGUUGGAUGAUUUCCACCCUGAGUAGACCAUGAUCUGAAGGCCCUACCAGGAGGCCACACUCUUUAUUUCCUUCCUUCCUUUUUUCUUAUCGGAGGAGGAUACAGGUGAGCCCAGCUGCCUUAGACAGGUGGCAAACAGAGAGGGAGACUCUCUCACACACGCAUCUUCAUACACAGAGGCGAUUAGUCGCCGUUUGUGCUCUUGUGACUGCCUCGAGACAACCUAAACUUUGACUUCUGACCUCACCUCACCACACCCUCAACCUUGCCCCCACCCCUGCUCUGCCAAUCACAGCAGCCAUGGGGAGAAAAAAGAUCCAAAUUCAGCGAAUCACAGAUGAGCGUAACAGACAGGUGACCUUCACCAAACGGAAGUUUGGUCUGAUGAAGAAGGCUUACGAGCUAAGUGUGUUGUGUGAUUGCGAGAUUGCCCUCAUUAUUUUCAAUCACUCAAACAAGCUCUUCCAGUAUGCCAGCACUGACAUGGACAAAGUACUACUCAAAUACACGGAGUACAAUGAGCCGCACGAAAGCAGGACUAACGCAGACAUCAUUGAGGCUCUGAACAAGAAAGAGCACCGGGAUUCAGAGAGUCCAGACCCAGAGGAGCCGUUCUCCCUCACACCUCGCACAGAGGAGAAGUACAAAAAGAUAGAUGAGGAGUUUGAUAAAAUGAUGCAGAGCUAUAGGCUAUCAUCUACAGUGCCACCACCAACUUUCUCCAUGCCAGUCACAGUGCCGGUGUCCAAUCAGAGUCCUCUGCCAUUCAGCAAUCCCAGCAGCCUCGUCACCACUUCCUUUGUCACCUCCACCCUCACAGACCCGCGCCUGCUGUCGCCACAGCAAACCCAGCUCCAGAGGAACACAGUGUCUCCCGGCUUGCCACAGAGACCUGCUAGUGCAGGUGCUCUCCUGGGAGGUGACCUCAACAAUUCAAAUGGAGCGUGCCCAAGCCCUGUUGCCAAUGGUUACGUCAGUGCCAGGGCCUCCCCAGGACUCCUCUCAGUCUCCAACGGCAACAGCAUGGGGAAAGUAGUCCCGGCUAAGUCUCCCCCUCCGCCCAGCGCUCAGAUGGUGAACAGUCGUAAGCCGGACCUUCGGGUCAUCACCUCUCAGAGCAGCAAAGGCCUAAUGCAGCUGACAGAUGAGGAGCUGGAGUUGGUGAGUGAGAAUGCUCAGCGGUUAGGCACCUCUCAAGUGACACAGCCUCUUACCACACCGGUGGUUUCCGUGGCAACGCCGAGCCUCCUGACUCCGUUCUCCAUGCCAACCUCCUACAACACAGAGUACCAGCUAACAAGUGCAGAUCUCACAGCCCUCCAGGCCUUUACGCCAUCGGGUGCACUGUUGCCAAGCAACAUGACCACUUGGCAACAUCAGCAGCCAUCAGUAUCCCAGCAACCACAGCAGCAGCCAUCAGUAUCCCAGCAACAGCAACAACCACAGCAGCUAACUCUGGCCUCCCUCAGUAACCUUGUCAUGUGGGGCUCAGACAAACAGAACGGAGAGAUGGCUCACUGCAUCUCUGGUCUUGCUGCUAAUCUCAGUGUGACCUCUCAGGGCAGCUUACUCUUGGGCAGGGAGGAAGGGAUCAGCUGGCCAGUGGGAACGAUUCCUCAUGGAGCCACUCUGACGGUUAACACUAACCCCAAUGUCAGCAUAAAAUCUGAGCCAGUGUCUCCUAACCGGGAUCGCAGUACACCCAGUUCCACCGCUGGUGCAGUAGGUGGCGUAUCGGGCCUAACUGUGACCCAGUAUCCAGGAACGCUGCGUUUGGAGCCCACCGGCCGCUCUCCGGUUGACAGCAUCAGCAGUAACGGCAGCUCUUAUGAGGGAAGCGAUCGAGACGACGGCGGGCAAACACGCCCUCCUGACUUCAGCUCAGGCGGCCUGGGUCUCCUCCGAGUAUCUGGGGAUCAGCAGCCCCAAUCCGAGCAGCAGGAGUCCACCAAUGUCAAACGCAUGAGACUGGACACCUGGGUCACAUAAACAUUGAAGGAGACCGAGAGAGCUACUUCUCUCUCACACACACACACACACACACACAUUCACACACACACCGAAACACAAACACACCCCUAGUGGCACCUGCUUUCAGCAGCAAAUCUCAGUCCGCACUUAGACACAUGCAUGCGCCUGUCCUUCUCUCUGUCUCUCUCUCUUCCUGUCUUUCUCACUGUCUCACUCUCAGACACUCUUGUAUUUACAGGUGUGUGUGUAUGUAUUUAUAUAAAAUAUGCAUAUAUGCUCAAACACACACUAGAUCCUCAUACACAGUUGCCAAUUCAGGUGUAAACGUGUUUAUGUAUAUGAGACUGAAGAGAUGAAUCAGGCAGGUGGGCGUUCUGUCGCGUCUCUGAACUUCUACCCCUGCUCAGUCCAGAAUUGAGGUGCAGAGAGGUCGUCUGGGAUUUCAGAUCAACUUUUACUGGCCUUACUGUACACCUGACUCGACAUAUAAUGAUUUCCUCUGUGAUCAGAGUUCAGCGGCAUUGCUCAGUUGAAACAAUAUAACAGCCGCUUGUUAUGUUGUACAGACAAGCCUGUUAGUCUGGGGGUUUUUUUAUUUUAUUUUUUUUAUUGAUUUUUCUUUAACAUUUUGUUUUUGUAUGAGUGAUUGCAUUUGCCAUUUACCUUCUUGUUUAACUCUCUAUUUCUCUUCUUUAUGAUUUGUUUUUCUUUUCUCUGCUUGAGCAGCAGGCUUUUAGAAUCUCCCUGUUCCUUUUGUAGUUUUUUUUUAGGGGAAAAAAAAUAGAUAAAUUAGGAUCAUAAAUUAGGAUCUUUAUAUUUAUGUCUCUUUAACUGUGCAAAAACUAAGCAUAAUUUGUGUGUGUGUUUGUCUGCUGUGAGACAGAGGUGCUCAUUCAUUCGAUAGCUAAACAGGACUCAGCCAAAAAAACGAUCAUAUACUUCUCAUUGUUUAUUUUCCAUCUUUUUGUUGUAUUUCGCACCAGUCCCCUUGCUCGCGCAAUUGUGUAUGUGUGUAUUAAAGCACACACAGCGGAGCUGAGUUUGAGUUUGAGACGUGAUUGCCGCUCCACAUCCUCAAUUUUCUGCACACCUGUGUGUAUGCGUGGACCGUAAAUGUGGUGUCAUUGAUGGAAAUGUAGCUCUAUCUGUACUAAUGAGAUCCAGUCCUGCAGGAAACAGACGUGUUUAUAUCAGCCUGCAGUGUGUUAUUCUGUGUGUGUGUGUGUGUGGCUGCGUUAUCUUUCAUUACUGUUGGUUUACGAGAGCCGCACUCAGGCACAUUAUGCUAUAUUUAUUAUUUGUUUGCCUGGCUGCAUAAUUCAGAGAUUAUUUAGUUAACUUUACGGGACAAGUAUGCUUAAUUAUUGUUUUAAGAUUCCAGUAGAAGGAUGAAAAAUAUGUAGAAAAAGUCUGAGUUGUUGUGAACUCAGGGUGAUUUGUUUUUAGACGUUGAGAUCAUGUAUAUACAAACAUUAUAUAAACAUUUCUCUCAGUGUUUCAGUAAAGGUUUAUGUAUAGCAAAAAAUUGGUGUCAGACACAGCCCUGCAGAAAGGAAGGAUCUUGGAGCUCUAACGAUACAUUUUUGUAGAAUUCUAGAACCUGGAGAGUUCUAGAGCCACAGCUGAGUGGCUAGGAAAGAGCUUUGAGUUUGGCUGUGGAGCCGUUGUAGCGCUUUGUGUGUGUGUGUGUGUGUGUGUGUGUGUGAGAAGAGAGUUGAAGCGUUGAGAUUGUACAUAGCAAUGUAUUAUCACAUAUAUUCUGCUGGGUCUUUCUGAAGCAGCGCUGUAAUCUCAGUGGAACCGUCUCUGUCAAUCUUUACCUGUAAAUAAAAUGUACCGUGUUGCAAGUUAGCAAGGUGAAGAGGCAGAGGAAGGAGGAUUUGACUGUUUUGAGUGUGACCCUUUUCUGUAGUUUUUAUUGUGAUGGCACGCACUUUAAAUCUUUCCUCCUCGUCCACUCACACACCUUCAAACACACACACAAUCUUUCUCGAGAGUGAUUUCAGGACUGCUCCUUCCUUACGGUGUCAUUCAGGCGAUCAGCCCAGUUCACUUUUACCCCUCUAAACCCAACAGGAAUUUUCUAGAGAGAUUUGCUGACAGCUUGGAGUGGAACACAACCUCCCUGUGUACAAGACUUCUCUUUUAAAGAUGUUUAAUAACAUUCAGGGAAGGAUUUUUCAUGUUUUGUGAGAUCAAGGCUUAUAUUGCACUUCACUUGUUGAACAGUAUACAGUAAUAAAAUAAAAAUGUCAUGUUUUGUAGGAAAAAAAAAAAGACUCUGGAAAAAGAACGUACUGAAAUUUAGAUUAGGUUUUACACGUGUUGCAAAUGUGACAUAUUAUGUACACAAAUUUGUUUUCUGUGCAUUAGUGUAUUCUCUAAGUGACAAAAAUGAAGGAUGUUUCUGUGAAGUUUCUGAAAAUUACAACCUAAUCUUAGAAAGCGCAGAAGGGAUUGGGGUUUAAAAUUAUUUCAAAUGUAUCGUAUUCCUCUUAUCCCCCCCACAAUUAUGAUGUUUAAGCCUUUUAGAUAUUACAUUCAACUGUAAUUAGACAAACCUUUCCAUCAUCGGCUUCUCUACCUCACCUGCCCUUCUUCCAUCCUCCAGUAUCUUUCUCUAUUUCUCUCCUUUUCUCCACUCCCUUGCUCACAGAGGAAGACAGAAGCCAUUUCAUUUCACCUCAACAGGUGACCCAUCUUUGUUAAUGCAGAUUCCACACACACUCACACACACACAAUGGAUGCAGUACGAUGGGAGGCAGUGAGAGAGUUUGAGUAAGAGCGUUCGCCUGUCGUGGUUGUACUCAAACAUUUCGUCCGGUUGAGAUCUGGAAUCUACACAUCACAGAACUGCAUAAUAAUCCAGAAUUCGUAUCCAGCUCCCUUUGCUAAGGUUCUAGAGCUCCUGGGAAGAAGUAUUCUAGAACUCGUUGACUUGAAGACUGUUGUGUCCUGAGCUUUGAACAAAUGCAUUGAUUUCAAUGUACGUUUAUGGUAACGCUCUUAUACCCUUAGGUUGUGCAUUGUAAAGCAAUUUGCCUGAGCCCAUGGAUUAUCUAACUGAUGCAUUAGGCCAGUGUGGUGUUGAUUUAAGAGUAAGACGAUGUUCGAAAAGCUCUCACAAGGACCUCAUGAUAACAGUAGGUGUAAUCAAAGAAAAGACAAUCGUCCAGUGAAUAGUUUGGCCCCCGUAUUCCCUUUGUAUGAUGUCUAGAGAUUCUCACAUACUUUUUCUCGUGUUAAUUUGUGCUGGUGACAGUUUUAUUGUCUGUUUUUAUUUGAAUUGUUAUGAUGAUUAACAUUACCAUUAUGGCUAUCAUCACAUAUGGUAACAAUAAUGAUACAUUUAAAGAGACGAUUUUUAUUUUCUGCAGUUUUUGUGUAGGUUAGGCAUUCUAUUUUAUUUUAAUGUAAUUUUAUUUUAUUAUAUAUGAAUAUUAUAUAAAUAUAUUUUUCGUUUUCUUUUUUUUUUUUUUUCAUUGUUUUCUUCAAAGGGGUGUUACUAAUAUUGCACGGUUUAUUAAGUAAAACAAAACAGUUGUAGUAAUAUUAGUACUUCUUGGUAAUUGAGGGAAGUGAUAAAACAGGUUCGAUAGAAUGACCAGUUCAAUGCUGCAAUUUUUUGUCAAUUGUACAAUAGUAUCUACACAGUUAAGGUGGUACAGCCACACAUUUAAUUUAUUCUGAUCAGACACAAUGCAUGGGCAUCAGACAAGCAAAGAAUGAGUCAUAUUAUAAAUAAACUGAAAUGUAAUUUCAAUAAGAGUAUAAAACACACAAAACUAGAAUAGAAAUUGAAGAAAAAAGUUUAAAAAAGAAAAAUUAUAGCUAAUAUAUUGUGUUCGGCUAGUCUGCUUUGAGUUUUGUUGUAAAAAAUAAAGACAAAAAAAAAAUCUGUUUUCGGAGAAUGAUAUACAAUUUGUGUAUAUUUUCAUAAACAAAGUAUGCACUGAUAUGUUAUUACAAAUUCUAUACUGCUUUUACAAAAGAGUGUUUGUUAUUGUACCAAAGUAUCCAUUGUCCUUUAUGACCCUGCCCUUUUGCGUAUGUUUUAUUGUAUUUUAUAUAUUAAAUAGACAAGUUGACCUACACAGAA